AUGCGCUCACCCGACGACGAUCAGGAUGCCGACUCGGCUCUGGGCGUCGCUGACGAUGCUGACUCGGCCUUCACGUCAUCCGCGAGCAGGGCUACGGAAUGGCGCUUCGAGAACGGGCGUCGCUACCACGCCUACGACGACGGCAGUGAGCAUUCCACCAACACCUCCCCCGCUGAUACUCACCGUGCUUUUCCCUACUCACUCUCUUCUCCCCCAGCCUACAACCUCCCCAACGACGCCCUCGAACAAUCCCGUCUCGACCUCCAACACGUGAUGUGGCUCAUGACCUCACACAACACGCUCUACCUCUCCCCCCUCCACCGUUCCUCCUCGCUCCACUCCGUCCUCGACGUCGGCUGCGGCACGGGCGCGUGGACGAUCGCCUUCGCCGACGCGCACCCGGAUGCGCACGUCAUCGGCACCGACCUCUCGCCCGUGCAGCCCGCCUUCGUGCCGCCGAACUGCGAGUUCCUGGUCGACAACGCCGAGCGGGACUGGGCGUUUGGCGGGCGCAAGUUCGAUUUCAUCCACGCGCGGAUGCUGUGUAUGGGGAUUCAUGAUUGGCCGCGGUUCUUAAGGCAGUGUUGGGAGAAUCUUGCGCCGGGCGGGUGGUUGGAGUUGAGGGAGAUUACGUUUCCGUGGAGGUCGGUGGAUGGUGGGGAGAGGCAGGAGGAGGAGUCGCCGUUGUUGAAGUGGUCGGAGGAUGUGAGGCGCGGGGCGGCGAGGGCCGGGAUUGACACGACGGCUUGUCGCUCGUUUGAGACGCAUUUGAAUGCGCUGGGGUUUGUGAAUUUAAGGAAAGAGCAGCCGGCGUGGCCGUUGGGGACGUGGCCGCGGGGUCAGAUGGAGAAGAGGUUGGGGAAGGCGGCGCUGGAGAAUUUGGAGAGUGGCCUGCAGGCGAUUUCGACGGCGGUGUUUAGUCGGUAUUUGGGCAUGUCGAGGGAGAGCAUUGAGCUGAGCAUUAUGGAAGCGCAGAGGGAUAUGCGCAAUCCGACGAAGCAUUAUUAUGCGCCGCUGUACCUGUACUCAUGUCAGAAGCCCGUGGAUUCCGAGAGCCGGCCACAACAUUCCUAA